AUGCCCCAACUACCUUCUGUUUCGGAAUUAAUUAGAGACCAUAAGGGUGUCAUCGCCGACUCGCAGAAGGAAAAUGGAUCUUCAAAGCAAAGUACUCCCCGAGUUCCCUCUGCCGAAGAGUUCAGUAAUGUAGGAGGACUUGGCCAUGGUGAUGAAAAUACACGUCGAAAUUCCCAUUCACUGGCUGCUAUGGGAAGUAUAUGGGGAAGGCGGUUGACUGACCCUUUUAUAUAUCAUGGCGCUUCUGGGAAUACUUUAAUUAGUGGUGUUUCGGCGGUACCCAAUGAUUACUUUGGUCAUAUUGAAAAUCAGAACUACAGGGUAAAUCAAAGGGCUUCAUUUAGCUCCUCGAGUGGAUCUUUGACAAGAAACUCCUCGUCGAAUACUCAAUUCACUUUAAACUCGUCACCCAUAAUACCUUUAAGGCUGCGUCCUGAAGUGACCCUGAGGUCAUCCUCGACAAUGACGAUACCUCUUCCGACGUCAACGAUAGGAUCUCAAGGUUCAUCAAUUGGCUCUGAGCAGGGAUUGGGCCAUUCUGUUGCACCUGGUACUUCUAAUUUUCCUCAUGGACCAUUACCUAUCGGUAUUGCAAUACAAAACCCGGGACCCGGCCCUGGACUUGGACAUCAUACUGCUCCACCUCCAAGUCAAGCUUCCUUCCCGAAUUUGAACUUUCCUCCUCAGCCAAUGUACUCUACUAUCGAUUCCUACUUUCAUCACAAUGUUUCACAACAGCCUUACUUGCAUCAAAUGAAUCAACCACCGAUGACGAAUGUUUCAGGAAUGCCACAAUUCUUGCAUCCUGUACAUCAUCAUGGGCCUGAUAAGGAUUCGAUUGAUGAAACUGCUUUGAUCAACAAACGCAGGAUCAUUAAGAGGCGUACCAGGACGGGUUGUUUGACUUGUCGCAAACGGAGGAUAAAAUGUGACGAACGUAAACCUCACUGUUUCAACUGCGAACGAUCAAAGAAAGUUUGCUUAGGAUACGAUAGUUUAGCAAAUCCAAAACAAAAGAAGAAAACUUAUCAGGGCAAUGAAUCUGAUAAUGACCAUAACCAGAAAGACGAAGAAAAUGAUAAUGAUACAGGUGAUACAGGCGAUGCAGGUUAUACAGGUGAUAAAUUGGAUAAGCCAAAAAAGAUGUCUGUGCAUGAACUACUAAAAUAA